GCUCCACCCUCUUUGGCCAGGGCCACAGCUGCUGUGUCAAAAGCAAGACAAACGUUUUCCCUCUUUACACACUGUACCUCCAUCAUGGAUGCUUUUCAGAGCAUUUUAAAAUUCUUUCUUAACCAAAAAACUGCUAUUGGCUACAGCUUCAUGGCUUUGCUGACCUUGGGAAGUGAACGGCUCUUCUCACUUGUGGCCUUUAAGUGCCCCUGCAGUACAGAGAAUACAGCCUAUGGUUUGGUUUUCCUCUUUGCCCCUGCCUGGGUGCUGCUGAUCCUAGGAUUCUUUUUGAACAACAAGGCGUGGAGACUCUUCACAGGUUGCUGUGUGAACCCCAGGAAAAUCUUCCCCAGGAGACACGGCUGUCGUUUCUUCUACGUCCUGGGCCACAUCAUACUGAGUUCACUCGUGGCCCCAGUGAUGUGGCUCUCUGUGGCUUUGCUUAAUGGGACGUUUUAUGAAUGUGCUAUGAGUGGAACAAGAAGCUCGAGGCUCCUGGAGAUGAUUUGCAAGGGUAAGCCCAAAGAAUGCUGGGAAGAACUUUACAAAGUCUCUUGUGGCAAAAGUAGCAUGCCACCCACAGACAAUGAAGAGGUGAAAUUGUCCCUUCAAGCCCAGUCUCAGAUUCUAGGAUGGUGCCUGAUUUGUUCAGCAUGUUUCUUCUCUCUGCUCACCACUUGCUACGCACGCUGCAGAUCUAAAGUCAGCUAUCUGCAGCUGAGUUUUUGGAAGACGUAUGCACAAAAGGAGAAGGAGCAAUUGGAAAACAAAUUUCUGGAUUAUGCCAAUAAGCUGAGUGAGAGGAACUUAAAAUGCUUUUUUGAAAACAAGAGGCCAGAUGUCUUUCCCAUGCCCUCUUUUGCUGCCUGGGAGGCCGCUUCAGAGCUGCAUUCAUUCCAUCAAGACCGGCAGCACUACAGCACUCUCCACAGGGUGGUAGACGAUGGUCUGGAACAAAUCCCCCAAGAGGAAGAGACAACAAUGAUCCUUGUGGGUACUGCCCACAAUCUGUAGCUCGUCCUCCUUCGAUGACGCACCGUGUUCAGAAGUACACUCAUUCUGAGAGCCUCCUACUGACUCCACAACCUGCAUCUUUGCAUUUUUUCUCAUCCCGAGUUUCUUUAGAAGACAGUAUUACAAAAGGAAAAAGCUUUGAAACUUUUAAGUGUCAUGUCAGGAUGUGCUCAAAUUGAUGCUGAGUGAUGACAGAGAUGCUUUGUGUUGGUGGCUGGUUGGGCCCAGGAGGUCCAACUGUUGCUCUAAGGUCUAAGAUUUUGUGUUUGAUGGGGCUGGAGAGAUGGGUCAGCACUGAAGAGCACUGACAGUUAACUGCAGUUAACAACCAUCCAUAACUCUAGUUCCAGGGGCUCCAACACCUUCUUCUGACCUCCUUGGGCAUUGCAUGACACAGGUGUACUUAUACACAUGCAGACAAUACUCAUACAUGUGGAAUAAAAAUAAUAAAGAAAAUACUUUUAAAAAGGAUGGCAAGAGGUUUUCUGCCACCCUUUCUAAGUAUUGGUGGUGAUAUUGGAUGCUGAACCAGCAUCUUGUGAGGGAGCUACAUACUCAACAUGGACUUCCAUGCACAGUAGCAUCUGAAGAGUGGUCAUCAUCCCUGUGUAAAUCUUACUGCCUUUCAAGAUGGAUGAGAAUCUACUGCUUGGGAUCCAUUCCCUCAGAAACUGAAAAC